CCAAGCAGUGUAGGCAAUAAGGUUGGGGCUUUGGAUUUAUGCAUGGGGAGUCGUUUGUUUGAAAUUAAACGGCCAACGUGCGUGAGUGUGAGAUUGUAAAUUUUGUUGGGUGUCCCAAAGCACCGAAGUAUUUAAUCCUUUGCAAUUAAGCAAUGUCUAAGUUAAUUUAAAAUUUUCUUCUUUUUUUUUCUCGUGUGCAACUGUUCGUCGCGAAACGUCAAAAAAAAAAAAAAAAAAAAAAUUUCGUCUUUCAAACUAAACGAAAAAAUAAAUAAAUUCGGUUAAAUACUCCCAUUUUUUUUUCGUGUAUAUCAAUAUAGUAAAAUAAAUUAUAUACACAAUGGCUUCGAUUCGUGUGCACGAGGAUCAGGAAAAUCGCGUCAUCGCCGAAAUACGAAGACAGGGCAAGGAAAAUGCUUCGGUGCAGCAUCAAAAUCAAACCCAACAACAAAAACGAGCUGUACUUGGUGUCUUGCAAAAUAAUUGUCCACGAGCUGUUAAACCGGAAAAUUGCAAGGAUGAAAAAUCCAAGGCAAAAACAUAUAUUCCAAUUAAUUAUGAGCAACAAUUUAAUAUUUGCGAUGAGAGAAAAGAGGAUACAAUGUUUCAAAUUUAUGAGGAUAAAUUACAGGAAGAGACGUCAGUUGCAUUGCGCGAGACAAAUGAUGGCAAUAAAGAAUUAUUGAAAAUAAAACAUGUUAGCGAACAAGUGACAACGAUAAAAAUUGAAAAAGAAAAGCCAACAUUACAAGUGAAUCCAAUUCCAAUAAUUAACAAUAAUAUCGUUACAAAUACAAUACGCAUUCAUCAAGAUGAUAAUAAUGAUGAUGAUAAUAAUGAUGAAAUUGCAAAUGAAAAAAAAGAAAAUGUCGAAUGUCCAAUGUCACUUGAAAAAUCAAUAUCAUCAUUUUCCGAUUCAUCAUCAUUGACAAAAAAAGAUAAUCGAACAAAAGCCGAAAUUUAUAAGGCAAUUAGAACAAAUUUCUUUGAAGUCAAUGAAUAUCGAGCUGAUAUUUAUAAUUAUCUCAGGAGUGCUGAGACUGUACACAGACCAAAAGCAGGAUACAUGAAAAAACAGCCCGAUAUCACUCACUUGAUGCGUUCAAUAUUGGUUGAUUGGUUAGUUGAAGUAGCUGAAGAAUAUCGAUUACAAAGUGAAACUCUUUAUCUCGCAGUUUCUUAUAUUGAUCGAUUUCUUUCCUAUAUGAGUGUUGUUCGAGCGAAACUUCAACUUGUUGGCACCGCCGCAAUGUUUAUCGCUGCAAAAUACGAAGAGAUUUAUCCACCAGAUGUUGGUGAAUUUGUUUUCAUAACUGACGACACAUAUUCAAAGAAGCAAGUUUUGAGAAUGGAACAUUUAAUUCUUAGAGUGUUGUCCUUUGAUCUUACUGUGCCCACACCACUUUCCUUCCUUAUGGAAUAUUGCACAAGCAAUAAUCUCUCAGAAAAGAGUCAAUUUUUAGCAAUGUACCUGUGUGAAUUAUCAAUGCUUGAAGCGGAUCCAUUCUUGCAUUUCUUGCCUAGUAUUUUAGCUGCCUCAUCAGUGGCAUUAGCUCGACAUACUCUCAAUGAAGAAGUUUGGCCUCAUGAAUUGGAACUCUCCUCUGGCUAUAAUUUACAGGAUCUCAAAACCUGUAUCAUAUGCCUGCAAAGAACAUUCAACAAUGCAAAUAAUAUACAGCAGCAAGCUAUUCAAGAAAAAUAUAAAAGCAACAAAUUUGGACACGUGUCACUUCUUUUGCCAAGAAACAGUUCAGUGUUUGAUUGCGAGGAAGACCUCGAAAAUGUCUAGCAAAAAAAAAAAAAAUAAUAAUAAUUUCAAGCUGCAAAAAUAAUAACGAACCUCCGUGCAAGGAAAAGUCAAAUGAGACACCAAGGAGGGGAUCGAAGCAAGACUGAUCUGCCAAUAAAAUACCCUCGCGUCUUCAUGAAAAGCUAAAAAAAAAAAUUAAAAAACAAAAACAAAAUCACGUACACACAAGUACACAUGGGGGUUAAAAUUAUUUACGCUGUGAAGCGUUCUCGAAAAACGUAUUUGCAUCCUACGUUUAAAAAAAAAAAAAACAGAAUUUUAACGUUUUUUUUUUCAGAGCCAAUUAUUUGCUCUAUUAAUAAAUGUGUCUCGCGUUAUUUAAAUCUUAUUAGCACCUUUUUUUUAUACUAGUUAUAAACCAUUUGUAAUGCAAUCUUUUUUUUUAAAAAAAAAAAAAAAAAAAACUCUGCACGUCUUAUUGAUAUUUUUUGUGAGUAAAAGGGAAUGAACGGUUCGAAGGAAUGGGAAACUAGAUCGUUUUAGAUAAAAAAAAAAAAAAAAUUUCGAGGAAAAAAACGACCCCCCUCCCAUUUUGAAGAGAAUGCUUUUUUUAAAAAAAUAAUUUUUUUUUUUUACUUAAGAAUUUAAUUGUCCAUUGUGAUAAAAUUUCUGCCUUUUAGCGUUUUUAAUUACCCCUUUUUUUUGGUCUUGUUUUAUUAUUAUUAUUAUUAUUUUUUGUAUAUCAAUUGAAUUGAAAUUUCAUUAGUAAAAAAAGUAAUUCAAACAAAAUAUUGUUUGUGAAAAAAACUGAUUGAAAAGCAGCUAGAUAAUUUGAUUAAAAAUUUUUUUUUCCAGGAGAAAAGAAAACGGGCAACAAAAAUUAAUGCAAUUGAACAUUAAAUUAACAAAAAUUAAUCAAUUAAAAUGUAAAACAAAAAAUUCGUAUUUUUUAUUGAUUUAAAUGCUCAUUAUUAAAUUAUAUGUAAUUUUUUAAAAAUCGAGACUUUUUUUUUAAAUUUUAAAGUGAAGCACAAAAAAGCAUAGUUUUUUUUUUUUUAUUUCACUUUUGUGUGUAUAUAAUAUUGUCUGAAGAAUCGAAAAAUUUUCGAAUUUUUGUUCUUUUUUUUCUGGUCUUUUCAAUUUUUUUUAUGUUCAUUUUGUUUUUUUAUGUGAGCAAAAAAAAGCAGAGAAAGAGAAAAAAAAAAAAGAAAAAGAGAAUAAUUAUUAUUAUUGUUUCUUUAAAAUGAAAGAAAAGAAAAUAUUUUCUUUUUCUUUAGCAAUGACGAUCGGAUUUGCAUUUACGUAAUGUCCGAAUUGUAGAGAAUAAUUAUGUUUUUUUUUUUUUUUUUUGUCAGUGGACUUUUUUUUUGGUAAUAAAAAUAUAUGUAUGUACUUAUGUACUUAGAAUACACACGUACUUUUGUAAGUCUGCAUGGAAUUUGUCUUUUUUUGUAUUGCAGAGUGAUUUGGAAAUUUUUUAGAGAAUGGAAAAAAGAAGAAAGAAAUUGAAAAAAAACAUCAAUUUAUUGAGGCUAAAAAGAAAAAUAGAAUUAGUCUUGAAAACUGUUUUGAUUAUUGUGUAGUCACGCCAAAGUCCACAAAUAUACAAAAUUUAUGCAAAUUUA